AUGUUUUUAUAUUUUCUAUUUAUUAAUUUAUGUUUAUUUACAAUAAAUUUUGCGGACGAUCCCAAUCGAUUACCAACUAAAUGUGAAGUAUGUAAAUUACUUGCUCAAGAAUUAACUGAAAACUUUCAAGAACAUAAUAGUCCAAGUGUUAUUGAAACUAGUUAUUCACUUGAUGAUAAACAACCAAAAAGAACUAAAUAUAGUGAUUCAGAAACACGUUUAAUUGAAACACUUGAAAAUGUUUGUGAGCGAUUUCUUCAAUAUAAUAUUCAUGCUGAACGUCCUGGUUCAUUACGUUAUGCUCGUGGUCGAUCACAAACAAUGGAAACUCUAUGGAAUUUACGAAAUAAAGGUGUUAAAGUUGUUCUUGAUGUUCCUGAUACAAUGUGGGAUGCACCAUCAGCUGAAAUAACUCAAUUAAAAAAAUAUUGUGAAGAAAUGGUUGAAGAACAAGAAGAAAAUAUUGAACAAUGGUAUUUUGAUAAAAAAGUACGAAAUGAAAUUUCACUUGAAAAAUAUCUUUGUGAAGAUCGAGUAUUAAAAAAUCGAGAUUCAUCUUGUCUUCGAGAAAUAUAUACACCAUCAAAUGAAGAAACAACACAUACUCAAUCAAAAGGUGACACGGGAAAGGCUGAUUUAUAA